GUGGUCCAGGUUUGAAUGUGUGUGUACAGCCGAGUUUAAAUGCUUUGGACUAUUAUAUUUACAUUGUCAACUGUGUGACUGGUCAGAUCUUUCUACUUAACACCUGUGCAUGCGUAUUUGAUGUACGUCAGUGAGUGCUUGCGCGUGGUUAAGUGUUUUCUGUGUGCACAUGAUGGGAUUAGAGUCACUGCAGUGGCAGAUUACCUGUAACUGUGAUCUGUUGUGGUGGAGGAUUAACUUUGCGGCGCUCCAUGCUGUGAGGUAACAUGACGCAGCAGGAACAGGCCACGGUGAGGGGAGAGUGGGAAUAAUGCUAGAGCACUGGGGUGACAAAGCUAAGAUAAUCCACUUCUCCUGUGACCUGAGAAAGAGGAGGAGUGAGGGGCUCAUUGACAACUUCACCUGGAGAGAACUUGAAAUAAGUGGGAAUGAGAAGUUUUCAGAGCUGACCAACCUGCCCAUAUUCAAGCUGAAGGAGUCUUGUGUACGAAGGAGGUACAGUGACUUUGAAUGGCUCAGGGCGGAGCUGGAGAGGGAGAGCAAGGUGGUCGUCCCACCUCUCCCAGGAAAAGCUCUCUUCCGACAGCUUCCGUUUCGAGGGGAUGAUGGGAUAUUUGAUGACUCUUUCAUUGAGGAGCGGCGACAGGGCCUGGAACAGUUUCUCAACAAAGUGGCCGGUCACCCUCUAGCUCAGAACGAACGAUGCCUGCACAUGUUUCUACAGGAGGAGUCUGUGGACAAGAGCUACACCCCAUCCAAAAUCAGACAAGCCUGAAAGCAAACACGGCUCUGCUCGGCCCAGUCUGGCUCAGCCCAGCUUGGCCCCACAACCCAAAGCUCUCUUCACUACUCCAGGUUUCUCUCAGUCAAUAAACAUUUCAGUGAAUACUUCCUCUACCCACGCCAGCCCUUCCAAAAAGUGAUUUUGUUCACCCCCUGUUUGAGUUAAAUUAGUGACCCUGAUUGGUGUUUGUUUCCACCUUCUAAUUGGAGUCAAGAAUGUUCGACACAACUGUGGUUGCAAGUAAUUUAUAGUAAUUUCUCUUUAUGUCUGGAAAUGCCACUAACAUGGAUAUAUUAUGUAUUUAUCAUUUAGCCACGUCUUGAUUAUAUUCAUUUAUAUAGUAACAUUGAAUGAGCGUUCUAUGUAUGCAAAGCUCUCGUUUCCCAUCAUAUAUAUCCAAUACUGGCAUGUUGCUCACCAUAACUAGAAACUAAACGCACCCACACAGACACACAUAUAUGAUGGGCCUUGACUUUCAAAUCACUUAGUUGAUCAUGUCUUUGAAAGUACAUAUGUGGUGUGUGUGUGUGUGUGUGUAUCAGCCAGCACCUGCCCAGUUAUCACAAUGAUUUUCUAGCAAGAAAGAAGUAUUUACACAGAGGGAACUGCAGUAUUUCUACUGGCUAUAUGCAUUUUGAGAUUUGUAUACUGCUGUGCCAUUUUUGUUUAUUUUGAAAGUUUUCCAAUAAAAUAGGUGAAAUGUC